AUGUAUUCUUUAAUCGCUCUCUCCGAGGAGUAUUAUACUCACCCUCCAAGUGGUCUUUCAACCUCUUCAUCGUCAUCACAGGAAGAGGGAUGUACGAGCCCGAACACUCCCUUCUUUACAUACAGUAAAAUGUUGAGCCAAAAUUUAAAAGAACGAAAUAUUAGAAUAAAGGAGGUAGUGGCCGGAACAGAUCGGUUAGUGUUUUUCAUUGCAGUGGACGGAUCAGUGUAUGUGUUAGGCAAGGUAGAUAAGUGUACCAACGGAAUGACAAAAGAUGCUGUCGAAGAUUGGAAAUUGAAAAAUCCAAACAAAGAAUUUCUUGACUUUCCUCAAUGUAUCGUCAGAGGAUGCGACAAACCAAUGGAAAAAGUGAUUGUUGGAUUCAAGCAUACAUUAUUCCAUGCAAAAGAUGGUGAAAUUUACGGCUGUGGAGAUAAUGAUCGAAGGCAAAUGAAUUUUGAAGGAUUUCAUGUCAGCAGAGCGUUUGGAUUACGAAAAAUUGUCCUUCCCAAUGAGCCAAACACGAAAUUCAAGUUGGCUUGCUCUGGAUGUGAUUUUUCAGUGUACAUUACCAACGAUGAAAGAAUGUUUUCAAGUGGUGGAAACUAUAGCGGCCAAUGUGGAAUUGGAGUCUACAGAGAUGUUCUCAUGGCAGAAAUCAAUUACAAAGCUCAGCUCGAAAGCUUGCAUGCUCCAUGCACAACCAUAACAAAAAUUAACGCCACGUAUAACACAACCAUUUUCUUGACUGCUGAUCAAAAAUUAUAUGGUUUUGGAGAUGAUUCGUAUGGAUGCCUUGGAUGUGGAGAAUUGUAUCAACGAGAUAACUACAAGAUUAUUCGAGUUGGAAUUUCCAGUGCAGAUUUUCUAAAGGAACAAAUUGCUGAUUUUUCAUGUGGAUUGUUUUUUGUUGGAGUUAUUACUUGUAGCAAUGAUUUAUAUGUGCUAGGUUACAACAAUUUUUGUCAAAUUUCAUGUAAUGAAACGUCACAAAUAUACAUACCCACAAAGAUUACUCCAUUUAAUGGAAUUGCCCAAUCAAUCUCAUGUGGCGGCUAUCACUCAUUAUUACUCACAACAGAUAUGCGAGUGUUUGGAACUGGUGACACCUCAGAUUAUGCAUUUUUUAAAGUUGGUGCCCAAUAUCAUCAUUUUACUGAGCUUAAUUUGAAACCCAUUUUUGCAAAGCGCAAGCAGGACAGAGUUAAAACCUUAUCUAUCAGUGCCGGUGUUUCACACUCAGUGGUUUAUACUCUUUCGACUUCUUUAACAUUAUGUUUUCCUUUCAUGAACAAAAUUUUGAGAUCAGCCAACCAUCUAUCAGAUGUGGAUAUAUCAUUUUGGAAUGAAGAUGUCGAAAUGAGGGUUUAA